UUCUAUUCUCAUAUUACAUUAUAGUAUCCUUUCUCUCUUAAAAUGUCUCUCUGCGGAAAAUUCCGGAAGUUGCUAAGAAAAUUGCCGCGUUUCAAUAGCUUCGUACAAAAGACUAUAUCCAUUACUUGCACAAUAACUGUACAUAUUAUUCACUACUGCAUCAUGGAACCGUACAGCACUACAUCUUACUGGAACCAACGGUACAACCAAAACGUUGGAACCUAUGAAUGGUACACUGACUGGUUAUCAUUAAAGUCACAUUUACCAUAUGAACUGAACAAGGAUGCUCAUGUUCUCCAUAUAGGUUGCGGGACAUCUAAACUUGCCCAUGAUCUCUACGAAGAUGGCAUUCGUAAUGUUAAGAAUAUCGAUAUUUCACCGGUUUGCAUCGGUGAGAUGAAGAAGAUGUUUCCCCAUUUAGAUUACGAUGUUAUGGACGUAUUGGAAAUAGGUUCCCACUACAGUGGUGACACUUUUGAUGUUAUCAUAGACAAAGGAUGCCUUGAUACAUUAUUGUGUUACGAAAACUUUGAAGAAAUAGUGCCUAAUGUACUGAAAUAUAUACAUGGUCUUUUGAGAGAAUCUGGCUUUUUACUACUCGUGUCAUUAGGUUGUCCGGAGAACCGCAUGAUGUACCUUGAGCCAUCUCAAUUGUGGGAUGUUUCUGUCAUCAAGGUUCCGAAGAAUACUAUCGAGUUCCUUAAAGAUGCACAUGCUACCGGGAAUAACAUUGGACCACCUAACGGUCUAGAGUGUCAUUCUUCGUCUGGAUCAAUGAAUGGCUCUUCAGUGAUCUAUUCCAGAGAUGAAUGGCUGUAUUACUAUAUUUAUAUAUGUCACAAGCGCAUUUGAUUAUAGGUGUCAUGCCUGGUUCACUGUAUC